GGUUCUUUCGUUUCUUCCAGGAUCUUGGAGGCUAAUGGAGUUGUACCAACUGUGUGGGCGGUGAACAGAAGAAACUUGGAUGAGGCCGGGGCUUGUGGAAGGAAAAUUCCAAAGAGCAGGGCUGCUCAGGAGGGCCAAGGGCCAGUCCAAGUCUGGGAAUAGCCUCCAUCUGGGGCCAAGCGCAGCUAGCUGUGAAGAGGUCUGCUGCAGUUAAGGCAGGUUGUGCCGCAGCCCCUCGGCCUUAAGUUUUUCCAUCUUUGCUCAAGCCAGUACUUUCGCAUGCACAGGAGACCUUUCAUAAGAGGGAUUCUCAAAUACCAACGGGUCUUAUGACAACUCACACAAAUAUCUGAGCCCAAAACAAGAUAAAAUCACUUGCAUUCUUGCCAGAUCUGUCUGUAUUUAUGCACAUCUAUUAAAUUAUUUAAAUCUUCCAAUUAAAAAGUUUCUUCAGGUAUAAUUUACAUACAAUAAAAUAUAUCCUUUUAAGGUAUAUAGGUCAUUAAGCUUUGGAAAAUGUAUACAGUUAUAUAAUCACUAUUGACAGCACGCCAAAACACUUCCUAUGCUUCUUUCUUGUCAAGCUCCAGUCUUGACGCCUCAGUUUCCCCGAGUGGCGACGCGAACUUCGGCAAUUCCUUCCAGGUCAAAGGCAAAGCCCCACCUCCUUACGGCUCUGAGCCCCGCCUGCUCGUUAUUCCGAUUGACAGUCAAUCUGACUAAUCAGCGCGCUGUGCAAGGGGGGGGUCUGCCCUUCUGAGCACAUGCGCACUUCUCGCAUGAGCGAUGAGGGGCUGCAGUGUUUUGGGCCGGGUGUGGUGUGGUUGUGGGCAGACGCCAGGGAUCCACGCAGCGGCAAAGGGUUUUGGCACUGAGGCCCGGCAUCAUCAGCAACCUCAAGGUUCCAGCAAACAGUCGGGGCCCCUGAGGGACCAGCCCUUCCCAGGGCUGCUGCAGCCAGAGAACCUCAGCCGUGAGGAGUUGGUUGAUGUGCUGAGGGCAGCCGUGCUGGACCAGAAAGGACCUCUAGUGACACUGAACAAGCCACAGGGUCUGCCAGUGACAGGAAAACCAGGGGAGCUGACAUUGCUCUCUGUGCUGCCGGAGCUGAGCCGGUCCCUGGGGCUUGGAGAGCAGGAGCUCCAGGUUGUCCGAGCAUCUGGAAAGGAGACCUCUGGGCUUGUACUCCUCUCCAGUUGUCCCCAGACAGCAAGCCGCCUCCAAAAGUUCUUCAGCCACUCCCGGAGAACCCAGAGACCCAUAGCCACCUACUGCGCUGUCACUAAUGGGAUCCCAGCUACUACUGAGGGGAAGAUCCAAGCAGCUCUGAAACUAGAACACAUUGAUGGUGUCAAUCUUGCAGUUCCAGUGAAGCCCCCAUCCCGGAAGGACAUCCUGGAAGGUGUCAAGAGGACCCUCAGCCACUUCCGUGUGAUGGCCACAGGCUCUGGCUGUGCCCUGGUCCAGCUGCAGCCACUUACAGUCUUCCCCAGUCAGCUACAGGUACAUAUGGUUUUACAGCUCUGCCCUGUGCUUGGGGAUCACACAUACUCUGCUCGUGUGGGCACUGUACUGGGCCAGCGCUUCCUAUUGCCAGCUGAGAGCACCAAGCCCCGAAAACAGGUUCUGGAUGAAGCUCUCCUUAGACAUCUCCACCUGACACCCUCCCAGGCUGCCCAGCUACCCUUGCAUCUCCACCUGCAUCGUCUCCACCUCCCAGUUGCCAGGCCCACUGCUGCCCCCAUUGAAUUUCUGGCCCCCCUGCCCUCUUAUUUCUCCAGGACCCUGCAGUGCCUGGGGCUCCACCAACCAUAGUCCUGUUUCGUGUUUCCAGUGGAGUGCAAUGGGGGCUGGGAGGAUGGGCCUAUGGUUAGGCCUGGGGAGAUGAGGUCGGGCUCAGUGUGUAGUAAGGCUAAUUUAAGAACCCAAGCUCUAAGUUGGAGAAACUGAAGAUCAGAUCCUAGCUAGGCUGCUUGCUGUGCAGAAUUGGGCAAAUGACUUCACCUCUCUGGACUUGAGAUAAUAAAAGUACCUACCUCAUCAUAUGGUUUUAAGGAUUUGCUGAGAAAGUAUUUAUCAUGUCAAGAUGCUUUUUGAUGACUUUAAUAUAUGGUCUUUUGUGGAGGCUGUUUCUGUCCCAGUUCUAGCUGCAGAGGACAUGUCAGAUUUUUUUGUUGUGGUAAAAACACCUAGUAAAAUAUACCAUCUUAACCAUUUUUAAGUGAAUGGUUCUGUGGUAUUAAGUACAUACACAUGAUUGGGCAAUCAUCCCCACCAGCAUCUCCAGAACUCUGCAUCUUCCAGAACUGAAACUGUCUCCAUUAAAUACCACCUCCCCAUUGUACUCUUGUCUCUAUUAAUUUGACUGUUCCAGGGACCUCAUAUAUGUGAAUGUUAGAUCUUUCACUUUAAAAUAUCGUGAAAUAAUGUCAAACAUACAAAGAGUGCAUAAAACAUCUGUGAUUUAAAUAAUUACAAGGUGACACCCAUAUAACCACUAGUCAGGGCAGGAAAUAGAAACAUCUCUCUUGCUUAUAGAGCAGCAGUUCUCAACCCUGGCCCCCAUGUUAGAACUCCCUACCCCACCCCCUCAGGAAGCUUAAAAAAAAAAACCCUUGAUUCUGCCCCCGACAAAACACUGGCUUAAUCAGUCUGGAGUGGAGAUCUUGGCAUCAGCCUUUUUUUUUAAAGCUCCCAAAGCAAUUCUAUUGUUCUGUCUAGGUUGGAA